CCUGACGGUUCGCAGAAAUCGGUGCGCCCGAUGUUCAGCUGUUGCCUGCAGCCCAGUGUGGAGGUGGAGAAUGAGCACGAGCUAUUUGUAUCCGGGCACGUUGAAGCGGAGAGCAGGCAUCUACAAAGAUGGUGGUGGGCAGAACAGGUGAGCUUUGCGAGCAUGAGAAGAUGCAAAGAGCAGAAGAAGAACUCAUCGUCGGUCAAGUAUCGUCGUCGACACCUACGUGGUGAAGAGGUUUGCGUGCGGAUCUCCAAGAAAGAGCUUACAGGACCUCCGCAAGAGUUCAUGAAGGACAGCAUAUUAGCUGGCAAGGUCACAUCGUACACUGAGUUUCGGGAGCCCCUCUGGCCUUUUUGUCGCUUCAUGUACGAAGGCAACCCUUUUUAUCAUACGUAUGCUUUGUUGGACAUCAAUUUCGGUGAAUUUCAGCUGGUGCUGGAGCGCGUUGACCAGAAGAUCGAGAUGUUGGUGGCGGAGGGCAUGGAUCUUCUUGGAUUCACUCAACAUUUCAUGGCCUGCAGCCAAUCCAGGGCAGUCAAUGGCAUUCCGGAACGCACCAGGCAUGUGAAGAAGCACAUCACCGUAAAAGAUGUGCUAUCGUGGAUGGGUGGGUCAUUGGCAAGCCGAUGGGAACGAUACAGCACUUUGUUCAACAACUGCCAACAUUUUCAAGCAGAGCUACAAACCUUGCUCUUUGACGAGUCCGGCGACUUCCAGCCGCCGCGUGGUGAAUUCCUCAAUCGAGCAUUGGCGCUCGAAAGUAUCCGGCAAGAUCCGACACGAUUGGUUUUUUUUCCCCAAGAAUCUGCGCGCAGACCCGGAGCUCGUUCAAGCAGCUGGGGGCCUCCCCAACCUGCUGAGACAGAGCUGCCGCCCAACUUCACACUGGAAUCCAAAUGCAAAGAGACCAGUGUAGUGAACGCCGCUUGAACCAUAGGCCACCGUUGGCCACGACAGAUCGAUUGAAUUUCAACACAAAGCCAUCACAGAGGCACCGUUUCAAGGCUCAAUGCCAGCGCAA